AUGUUCUUGGGCAACAAUAACCGCGGAGGUCUAAUUAUCGAUAUGGGCUACAUACGCAACACCGGUCCAAAUCGCAACGGGGCAUCGAAAAUCCUCGACGAUCGAGGUCGGACAGCCUACCGACGAUGCAGACGCAAAUGGCGGGACUGCGAGAACAAUGCCCAUGUCGAGGACUUGCAGGGGUUGUAG